CUGUAGAUCACACACACACACACACACACACACACACACACACACACACACACACACACACACACACACACACACACACACACACACACACAGUAGGGGGAGGGGCCAUGCAGAUCACACACAGUAGGGGGAGGGGCCAUGCAGAUCACACACAGCUGUCACACAAGUACAGUAAGUUUAGGCUCAGUUAUGGGUGGAAGUUCCUGGUAGGAAGCAGGGAGGGAGCUCCAUGUGCUGCUGGAGGCAGAGAGGAAGAAGAGAACAGGAGUCACACUUGGAAAUAUCUGAAUUCACGAGAGAAGUGGUUUAUAUUCCGCAACAAAGUGACAAUCUGCAGUAAGAUAACCCCUAGGAGCAUGGAGGUGUUGAAAAGCAUCUUUACCACGGCAGUAUUAAUCUACAAUCAGUGUGACAAAGCCGAGACCAACAAGAAGCGCUGCUCCCGCCUGAAGAUGAGGAUAGAACUGCUCUUGGCCCCUGCGGAGAAGCUGAGCAAUGACCCAGAACAAUCCCGAGAACUGGAAGCUUCCUUGUCAGACCUGCUGCUUAAUCUGCAGAACGCGGAACGCUGGGUGAACAAGUACUCCAGGCGAGGGUGGUGGAGACGGCUUCUGCAGGCCAGCAGCAUACAGGGAAAGUUUGAUCACAUCAAUGAGCGGCUGAACGAUACAGCGCAGGCGUUACAGAUCCUGCUCAACGUGGAGCUCAGAGCAGAGUUCCUCAAACUCUUCAGCGAUGAAAGCUUGAAGCGAAAGAAUCGAAAAGAUUUUGAGGAGGACUUGAAAAAGAUGAUGCCAUUAAUAGAAAGUGAUAUGAAGUCUGUAAGUGACAGCAUGGAUUCCGUAGCUGCUGAUGUACGGAAGAUCAAAGAAAUGUUAUCUGCAGGAAUUACCGGACCGUGGGAUAUUACAGAAAUACGAGCUACAGAUCUGAAACGUGGAGAGUUACUGCAGGAGCCAGGCCUGAAUGACAGCCAUAGUCUGUACUUAGGAGAGUACCACAAGUGUCCAGUGGUGAUUAAAGUAUUAAAGGGCCAGUUGAGCAGAAAUGAUGACUAUAUAAGGAAGACAUUUCGUUCCGAGAGCGAGACCAUGAAGAAAUAUGAAAGUCCAAACAUUUUACGUCUUUACGGCAUCUGCAUUGAUAAUUCAAGCACAGAACCAUAUUCUCUGAUAAUAGAGUACUGCCAGAAAGGGACCCUGAGAGAACUGCUGAAAAGAGAGCCGGGCCUAUCAUGGGAGCAGAGAGUCCUGAUGGCUCUGGAUGCUGCCAGAGCUCUGUACAGGUUACAUCAGACGGAGAGAAAAGCCAUUCUGCAUGGGAGUCUAAGCAGCGCUAAGUUCCUGGUGGAUGGGACGUACUGUCUGAAGUUAUCGGGUUUCGAGUUCUCAAAGACUGAAUCGUCUAUGAGAAGAAAUCCCGUACCCAGAAGGUCAGAGAGCAGCGAUCUGGCCUACUUGGCUCCGGAAACCCUGCAGGACAUCAACGCAUACGACAAACGCAGCGAGAUUUACAGCCUUGGUAUUGUGCUGUAUGAGAUUGCUACUGGUGAACUCCCUUUACAAGGCCUUUCUAUCUCUAAUGGAAAUGUGCAGGAGCUAUAUCAGAGGCUGUGUGCGAAGGUCCAUGACAGCCUCCCUGCCACAUGUCCUCUUGCUCUACGUGACACCAUCACAAGGACCCUGGCUAGGAAUCCAAGUGAUCGCCCCUCUGCAGGAGAAAUUGCUGAUGUACUGAUUGCCCACCUGAGCCAGACAGAAGCCCAGGAAGCAGCCGACCAGAUGCAGUGACCUCUGAGAGGAGACAGGCACGGGUUCUCCAAUGGUAGCACACCACAAGGACAUGGACACAGACAGCAGACCGCCAACAGUUCCGCAGUGGCUCUGUGACGUCACUAGUUAAGGUCGACAGUCAAUAGAUCGACAUGGUAAAAAAGUAAAAUGGUCAACACUGAACAGGUCGACACAUGAAUAGGUUGACAUUACAUUUUGUCUGUUUUUGGUGUCGUUUUUUUUGCGUAACGUGACCAGAAACCCCAAUUAGUGCACCACGUCCCCUUGCAUGCGGGUAAGGUGCCUCGCUCCGCUAUGCUCAGCACAGGUUACUAUUCCCAAUCAUAGUCCAUUAAGUAUGAAAAAGUUAAAAAAAAUGUUAAAAAGUCACGUAGACCUUUUCAUGUGUCAACCUUUCCCGUGUCGACUAUUUUAACAUGUUGACCUUUUUCCCAUGUCGACCAAUAGUGGUUGACCUAUUGACUUUCGACCUAAGUACUGUCAACCUACCAUCCGGAUACCAUACAAGAUUGGGACAAAUAUAACUUCUUAUUGGUUCCAUUUAUAAAAAUGAGUCGAUUCCCCAAUAGAUGGGUGGUGAUGCUGAAUGGAUUGACCAGAAGGUUGUACAGUUUCUAAAACUGGACCACCCGGUGAGUCCAAGUAUUUACAGAGGUGGAAUCACUGAUACCGUCACAUUGCUCAAGGACUCCGGGAUCCCUCCUGGAUUUUAUAAUAGAUUCAGCCGACUGUCUAUUGCACUUUUAACUUUUUUAAACAUCUUUUUUUUAAACAUUUUCAAUUGGCUUUAAAUCCAAGUGCCGGAUUUCCUUAGGAAUUAGUCUGUAUUGUAACACAUUUGCAUUUACAGUAAAUAUAAAAAAAUAAGUCAUGGUUCAGUACAACCAGCAAGUCCCAAGUGUCGGGAUCCUUCGAGCCUUCCUGCCGCAUCUACCAUUGCCUGCUUUCCACAAGUCUGGAAUUCAAGUUCCUCAAAUGUCGUUGCAACAGGUUCCACAAUCACAGACUAUGUGGUCUUGCUGAGCCUACACUCCCUGCUAAGUCAUUGUGUUCAUUCUGCAGAGUGCUUCAGCCUGGUCUCGUGUUCUUUAUUUUUCCUCGGCCUAGAUACUUUUGUUCUGAUUCAGAUAAGCUUCAUGUAGUAGUGUUUGGACUUUCAAGUCCUGUGUGCUCCAGCAUUAUACAAGCAAGUAUUGGCCAACUCUCACUUAUUCUUUGCAUGUGUCCCCAGGUUUUAUCCUUCUAUUAUGCUCAUGUCACGUUAAUAAACCAUUCAGGUCACAUUU